CGUCGACCGCGCUUAGUGCGUCGCCAAGCUCCAAAGCAUAUAGAUGGGGAUCGGUUCCGUGAUUUUUUCCGCCGCUGGCCUGCUGCUCCUCCUCCUCCCGCCAUCCGAACAACAAGCUUCAGCGGGGAACGUUGCAUCCCAGUGGCGCGAUGAUGAGGUCCAUUUUAAUCGCACUCUGGGCUCGAUUUUGGUGCCACGCGUCGUCGGCAGUCGGGGCCACCAACAGGUGCGCGAGUACCUGGUACAAUCGCUGAACGGCCUUGGUUUCCAAACGGAAGUGGAUGAGUUCAAGCAACGAGUUCCAGUUCUCGGCGAGCUAACGUUCGCAAAUGUUGUGGGUACCAUAAACCCGCAGGCCCAGAAUUUCCUAGCUCUGUCAUGUCACUAUGACAGCAAGUACUUCCCCAAUGAUCCCGGAUUUGUAGGGGCCACAGAUUCCGCGGUUCCCUGUGCCAUUUUACUAAAUACUGCCAAAACCCUGAGUAGCUAUCUGCAGAAAGAGUUUCGCAACCGCAACGACGUGGGACUUAUGCUUAUUUUCUUUGAUGGCGAGGAGGCUUUCAAGGAUUGGACCGCGUCUGAUUCCGUUUACGGAUCGAAGCAUCUCGCUUCCAAGCUGGCUCGAACCCGCAGUGGUUCCCAAACUGCUAGCCAAGCUCAGCUGGCCCCACGCAAUAUAGACCGAAUUGAAGUGCUGGUGCUGCUGGAUCUUAUCGGAGCGCGGAAUCCCACAUUCUCUAGUUUUUAUGAAAAUACUCACGGCUUGCACUCCAGCCUUGUGCAGAUUGAGAAGUCCCUGCGAACUGCUGGCCAGCUGGAGGGCAACAACAAUAUGUUUUUAAAUCGAGUUAGCGGCGGUCUAGUCGAUGACGAUCAUCGUCCAUUCUUGGAUGAAAAUGUUCCUGUGCUGCACUUGGUGGCCACUCCUUUCCCGGAUGUCUGGCACACACCUCGCGAUAAUGCCGCCAAUCUGCAUUGGCCCUCCAUACGGAAUUUCAACCGAGUAUUCCGUAAUUUUGUGUACCAAUAUCUAAAGCGUCACACGUCCCCAGUAAACUUACGUUUUUACUAAGUUUAGUUUUGUUUGUUGGUCUUAUGUCUAAGAUUUAUUAAGCAUAAGUGUAAAGUGUUUUUCGUUAAUUAAAGUGUCCUAAGGCAUGUUAAA